AUGGAGACCAUCUUUAGGGACUCGUGGGAUAGAAAACUAUGGCUCGACGUUUGCAGCACACACCAAGACGCAUAUAAAUGGGACUGGGACGAGUUAGCUUCUGUUACGGACUGGUGUCUCUUCACACAAGAAAGGAACUUUAGGGAGGUCUCGAAGGAGGGACUACUCAGUGUAGCAAAGCACGGCUUGACUGUUCUUGGUUGCAACCAGACUGAAAUUGCUGUCAGCUUCAUGAUGGAUGAAGAACGGUAUCGGACGAGCAUUUCAUCUACUAAGCUGGAGUUUCUAGAAGAACACCUAUGCAACAUUCCAUAUUGGAUCGUUUUUGGACAGGGAUAUUUGCGUGAAAUGGACCCAGGUGACGUGGAUGAUUCGUCUUUCGUGGGGACGAGCUUCGACCACGCUGUGCCUCUAGAUUGGGAGGUUGAUCUCGGGUUGGAUACGGGUGGAAACGCAAGCAAACUUGCACUUGCGCAACCUGACGCCAGAAACCUCUGGCCAGAGCCUGUCUUCGCUACCCCUCCAAUCUGGAUCCGACUUGGCCUUGUCGAAUACCUCCACCACUUAUCAAGAAUCUUAGUCAAGCUCACUGAAGAACAGCGGUGGCAGAAUCACAACGAAUCGGAGCAACGCCGACGCACCAUCAUCGGGAAGAAUUUGUCAAUGAUUCGUGAUCUUGUUCCUGCUUUAAUGGAUACAAAGCCAAGCCAAACAACGGUCAUCCUUGAAACAUGCGAAUUCCUACACGAUCUCGUCGAAGGCAACACGAAGCUAGAGCAAAAUCUUGGGCCGGAACUAGCAGGCCCUGGCCCGGGUAAGACGUCCGGGAAGUAG